AUGAAAGGAGGUGCUGAACUUGGACAAGGCACGUCGGAAUCAGUUGCUCUAGAAGAGCUAGAUGCUGAUUUUCCUUGUUCCUCUUUUUUCUUUGUUGCCUCCGAGAUGAUAGAAGGGUCAUCAGGAAAUAUAUCCUCGAUGCCCUUAUUAACAACAGUGUUGGAGAAUUCCAAUUGAACCACGCACAUAUUCAGCUCAGCAUCGUAGCGAAUAACACGUCCUCGACGAAAACAUUCAGCAAACCUCACCAAGACAAUCGCCUUUUCUGCUAACCAUGAAACUCCUGAAGGGGUCGAAGGUGCAGAAGAUGUCCUUAUUGACGAUGAUGAUGGUGUCUCUUCUGGUCCUGCUGAUUCUACUUGGAGAACUCUUUUAGGCGAUUUUUUAGUAGGUCUUGAUGGUGGAACCUCUGUUGGUGUUGUGAGUGAAGUUUUGGACGACGACGGUGGAUGUAUAGAGGGAAGCGAUGUUGAUGAUGAUGGUUGA